AUGACAGCUUUCACCGAGUUCGAUGCCGGCCACCGGGACUUGGUUACAGUAACCAAGUUCAACUUCUAUGGUAAUCGCAUCCUCACUGCAUCCGCGGAUCACCGAAUAAAGGUGUGGGAUCAAAAGGAUGAUGGCUGGGAACUUGCAGAUACUUGGCGAGCACAUGAUGCAGAAAUUCGUGAUGCAGCAUGGAACGGCCCAUUCACUGGCCAGCAUAUUGGCACCGUAGGGGAAGAUAUGAAAUUUAAACUAUGGCAAGAGGAUGUGACGCAGUCCCGCAACUCUGGUCGGCGCUUCCGGAAUAUCUUUCGUCUGACUUCUUCUAUUCGCACGCCGUACGUCUCGCUAGACUUUCGAAAUAUUGACCUCGAAUCCUGGCUGGCUCUAAUAACUCGCGAUGGUCUUCUCACCGUAUUGGAGCCUGUUGGUGCGGAUAACCUCUCGGAAUGGCAACAACUUGACCAGUUUCGUGUUUGUUCGGAGCCCUCACGAGGAGAUGAGACGAGCUUCAAGGUCCAGUUCCAUCAUGAUCCAAUGGACAUGACCCAUAUGGUUAUGCCGUCCUGGGAUAGCAAGAGUUUAUCCCUUGUUGUUGCGGCGAUGAACACUGUCAAGGUGUAUCGAAUGGCAGCGAACAGGAAGUUUUACCAUGCCAUUGAGCUGACUGGCCAUACUGGUCUAGUGCGGGACAUUGCAUGGGCCAACGGCUCCGUUCGAGGGUUUGAUAUUAUUGGCAGUGGUUCAAAAGAUGGCACCAUCAAAAUAUUUGAGAUAUACACAUCAGUCACGAAUGGCGGCAACAGCAAGCAAAAUGGAUCCGCAAAUGCUGCCUCUAGAGCCUCCACCCAAUCUGCAAUUGGCACUGCCCUUGCAGGUCAGACAUCAGGAACACUUGCAGAUACUAGGAAAAACACUGAAAGCCCGUUCAAGCAUACCUUUAGAGAGGUUGCAUCGAUUGACAGUAAACAUCUUGAUGUCUGGCAAAUUCAGUUUUCUCACGCUGGUAUGUUCUGCCACAUUGCAUACGCCGUAUCAUUUCUAACAAUGUUUUUUUAA